CCCGCAACUCCCCGAUACCUGCGAAAGACUGGCGCUUACUCUACGCCUUAGCUACAAAGACGGAGAACAAAACGGCGCCCACUUCUUCCGCCGCCCUCCUCCUCUCUGUCCUUGACCGACUAUUUCAUCCUCCCUAGCAGCGAGCUGGACAUUAACGAAGAAUAUUAUCCGACCCGUCGCUAAUACACGAUCGACAUAUCGGUGGGCGCUUGGGCUUCCUAUUCCUGUUUUCUGUUUCCGCCUAAAUCAACAAUAAAAAAUUCUGCAUCGCGAAGCUGGACUGAUACUCAUUGAACAUCGUCAACACUCGACACGAGACGAUGGGAAACCAAACCUCCAAAGACGGGGGGAGCGGCAAGGGCUCAAGCGCAUCCUCCGGAGACCGCGCCGAAAACUUGCAAUCGUAUCCCUCAUUUGGAAAAUCGGAGACCAAGGAUUCUACCCGUUCAUUUAAAAACUUCCGAUCAAAAAUUCCUGGUGGUGGGAAGACAGAUAGUCCACGGAGCUCGGCGAUUAUAUCCAACGGAGAUGCUGUCGGGGACAAAUCGGAUGCGGCUUCUGUAAAAUCUGCGCGGAGCAGCAAAUCGAGGACUGGCCGUGCUGACUCAGUCACUUCCCCAUCAUCCCCGCGAUCGCCGGACGCAAACAACUCCUAUGAUAACCAACCACCUCCUUCUCCUGUCCAAUCUGCCUCUAUUAGAGCUGGUCAUGGCGACAUACAUGCUGCCCAAGCUUGUGGCGAGGUGGACCACGUAUCCGAUCAGCCGCCCAACGGAGUCGCGAGCCCAAAUUCGCAUAUACAGCAGCAGCCCGGAGCACCCAUCUUGGUGAAGAAGGAGAAUACUAUUAACCCUAUCAUAUCUGUGCCGGGAACACCCUCGAAGGAUGAUUCCCCUACCGUGGUUGCUAUGAGUGACAUCAAGGAUAUUGACCUUGAUGAUUUCAUUAAGCGGCUCCUAGACGCUGCGUACGCUGGGAAAGUAACGAAGAGCGUAUGUCUCAAGAACGCCGAGAUUGUCGCCAUCUGCCAGAGGGCACGAGAAUGCUUUUUAUCACAGCCUGCGCUGCUGGAGCUUGAUGCGCCGGUCAAGAUCGUUGGCGACGUUCACGGCCAGUAUACUGACCUGAUUCGAAUGUUCGAGAUGUGCGGGUUUCCGCCGAGUGCGAACUAUCUUUUCCUCGGAGACUACGUUGACAGGGGCAAGCAGUCCUUGGAGACCAUCUUACUUUUACUGUGCUACAAGCUAAAGUACCCCGAGAAUUUCUUCCUCCUAAGGGGGAACCAUGAAUGUGCCAACGUUACGAGGGUCUACGGCUUUUACGACGAAUGCAAGCGAAGGUGCAACGUUAAGAUUUGGAAGACGUUCAUUGACUGCUUUAACACGCUUCCGAUCGCCGCCAUCGUUGCAGGAAAGAUAUUCUGUGUUCACGGUGGACUGUCUCCAGCCCUAAGCCAUAUGGACGAUAUCCGCAAUAUUGCUCGUCCUACCGAUGUCCCUGAUUACGGUCUCCUUAACGACUUGCUAUGGUCCGAUCCCGCCGACAUGGAAGCAGACUGGGAGGCCAACGAGAGAGGUGUCAGCUACUGUUUUGGUAAGAGGGUUAUCACCGACUUUCUAGCAGCCCACGACUUUGAUCUCGUCUGCCGAGCGCACAUGGUCGUCGAAGACGGCUACGAAUUUUUUAAUGAUAGAGUUUUAGUCACUGUCUUCAGCGCACCAAACUAUUGCGGCGAAUUCGAUAACUGGGGAGCUGUCAUGUCUGUGUCUGCGGAGCUCUUGUGCAGCUUCGAACUACUGAAGCCACUCGAUUCCUCUGCGCUCAAGAGCCAUAUUAAGAAAGGCAGAAACAAGCGUAACAACAUGUUGAACAGCCCGCCGGCUAGCGUAUACCCCCAGAGCGUAUAAAAUCUUCUCUGGAGGGCUUCUCAAGAGAAGGUCUUCGUGAAGUAAUCAUACCGACGAGUUCAUUGCGCAUGGAAACGAAUUGAAGGACCCCAGGAGUUAAAGUAUGGACCAGAGAUGCAUCCUUACGCCUACGGGCCUUCUUUCGUUUCAAAUCAUGACACUGCUAGGAGAUAACCAAGAACUACGGUGUGCGAGGGAAGGGACGGGAUUUAGCGGCAAGCCUUGACACCAAAGUCGAACUUAGCACGGUCAACCCAACCCUAAGGCAGCCUGUGCCGUUGGAAUGGGAGGCGAGGGUGUAGUAAUCCUUGCAAAGCGAGAGCAAGCCAGAAACGGUUUUGCUCGAGAAACAACAUGUGUCGAAAACUAACUAGAGCUCGGGAAGUCCAUUGUUUUAUCUAUUCCCCGGUGGCCACGGGGCUUAAGAAGGAACCAAAUUCCUUCCCGUGUUUCUAGGAAGGGAAAGGAGGAAAUGGACGGUUGGACGGUUGGAUGGCGCUUUAUUACUUUAGUCCUUGAUGUUAUCAUGUACAGUAUCAAGGUUUCGGUUAGGUUAAUUACUACGAAUGAGUAUGCUUGGAGUCCGCGCAUUAGUCAUUAGGGGGGCCAGAUGGUUCCAAGCAAGCAAAGCAAAGCAAGGAAUUACUAGGUUAGGGACCUAGGUUAACUAAUGAAAACGUGGGUGGUUUUUUAUUGUAUUCAAUU